UACCAGCACUAUCAUCAUCACGAAAAACAUAUGACUUCGAUCAGAUCAGUGUUCUUGCAGUAUUACAAUAAUUUGUACAAUUGUUCUUUAAGUUUUUGCUAUUAUAAAAUUGUUUUAUUGGUUUAAAAAUUCAGGAAAAAAAGUUAAAAUGUGAGCAUAAGUGAAGUGCAACUGUUUUCAUACAAAAACUUUAGAAAUGAAGAGUCAUUUUCAUAACAUUCUGCGGAGCUUUGGUGUUCUCUUGAUUUUAAUAUGGGAGGCUCUGGGUCAAACUCAAAGCAUCAUCCUAAAUCCUGACCAAUUUCAAGAAGUCUCGAUUCCUGGCAGACAAUUCGUCUCUAUAACGGUCUCAGGAUCCUCGAGUACUGGAUACUCCUUGGUGCAAGCGCACGUGGUUGGUGUCAAUGUCACAAUUUCUUUCACCUCCACGCCCACCGUGGGUCAAUCCGUCAAAGGGUCCAGCGUAGGACUUGUGCUCAACGGGACUGAAAAGUCGGAUGUCUUCGUUAUUAAUGACAACGACUUGGAGUUGAAUGUUUUGUUGCUGUUACAAACGUAUGAUGACAGCGCUCCCAUUCCUGGUGGGUGUAACAUGGAGGAGCCAGUGAAGACGGCGCCCUACCUCCCCACCUCAUUCACUCCUAACCUGGUCGUAGUUGAGUACCCGUUAGGAUCUUGGCCUCUAAAUGUCAAGCCGGCGACUUGUGAUAGAGCUCCGUUGCAGUAUGACAUCUACAUUUACUAUCUUCCUGAAAGGGAUUUUUCUGUUCGAACAGCAUUUGACAGCAUUCGUUUGAUGUCCAAUGUCACUUCGGUGGAGAAAUAUGGGACGAAGGUGGAAUUUAAUGGACUUCCGCCCUCAAAGUUAAAAUUUGCAAACUACGUUGGAACUGGGCGGAUUGUCGCGGUGGUCCUUCGCAGCCUUACGGCAUCUGCCGCAUACGUCCCUACCUUGUCUUUUGGAUGCUCCACGGACUUGGAGGAUUUUGAAGCCGGUUGCUCUGUGCUUGGGUCAACGGGGUCUAAGCUGUUGAGUGCAUGGUUAGUGUUUGCUGGAUUUUUUUUACUUUCCCUUGGCCACCGGUGGUACAAGUGCCAACUGUUCCUUUUUGGAUUCCUCGCCAGCGCCGUCCUCUCUUACGUCAUCCUCAUGCUCUCCGUCGACAUGGAAAGUUCGGGGGCUGGAACUAUUGGAACAGUUGUGGGAGCAGUGGGUGGAGCAGCCUGGGUCAUCAUUUGGGCCAAGUGUGGUACUCCCAUUGGGCCCGUUUUUUUAGCCUCUUUUAUUCUCGGAUCACUCUUCGCUUCCAUCGUCUCAUUUACACCCUUGGCUGACUUUGGCGUAAUGAAGGACGACUUGACAUUCUGGUUGGCAUACUUUUGUCUCGUUUUGGCAGUUCCACUUGCUAUCGUCUCAUUUGACAAAUUGACAAGCAUUGUCGUCUCCUGCGUCGUAGGUGCUUACGUAUUCACAGCUCCAGUUGAUCAUUAUAUUGGUGGCAAUUUGAAAUACAUUUUCCUUAACGUAAUGAGAAGAGCGACUGAUAGUGAAUUCAGCACUGCAAUUAUUCAGCCACCGUAUCAAAUUCUGGAUUUAAUACUUACCACGACCUGGGCAGUCCUAGCCCUUGCGGGACUGGCGUUUCAGUUGUGGCGUGAAAAAAACCGAGUCCCCUUCCCACCAACGCCCUCGACCUGGCCCACUAAUGAUGCUGGAGAUUCAAGACUGACGUAUGAACCAACGGCCCCUGUCCUCGUCACAACAAUCCCAAUCCCUUCAGAACGAACACCGUUACUUAGUUGAUCAUAACGUCUCAAAAAACUUACUUAUUCCAUAUAAAAAUUCUACAAUAUUCGUCUGGUUGUCGCAGUUGACCCCUCGUUACACAGAACAAAGAUGUGAUGAACACAAAAUAUAUAUACGUAUGCAGCUUAUGUAUGAGUCUCUUAUUAAACUUUUGUAGUUUAAGUUUAUACUUGCGCAUUGUAAUUAAGUUUGAAAAAUUAGAAUAUAACCAUCGCCUUGUACUUUUAUGAAAUGCACUGUCCACAUUAAUUCUCUCACGGAUUUGUAAAUAUGACAAAUAAAAGGAUACACGGACUCUGAU